AUGAAAGCACCACCUGGAUUCACCACAUAUCAAUUCGCACUCCCUGAUCGUCCGACCCGAGCGGCUAUAUGCAUUGGGAACAAUUUUAUCUCCACCCUAGGGGUCACACAAUUCUCAAAUCCUAACCUGUGCAUAGUGCAAUUGACGGAGCAAUCGGGGAAGAAAAUGUACCUAACCUCUAUAUACGUCGAGCCGAUAAACGACGCAAAUGAUACCUUAAAGGGAUUAGAAGCAUUCCUGAGGGAAACAGCUGAUUCUACACACAUUAUCGCGGGAGACUUUAACGGGUGGCAUAGUCUUUGGAACUGCCCCAAAAAUAACGCUAGAGGGAACGUAGUCUCAGACAUGGUCAUAAUCAAUGAUUUGACUGUCUGCAACACUGGCUCCAACCCUACGUUUGAAGUCAUCACUGCAAGCGGACCGCGUGUAUCAAUAAUAGACCUCACCUUGCUAAAGAGCCAACCGCCUCACGGACACCGUGCAAUUAAAGUUCUUGACUGGAAAGUUGAUACUAACAUCUGCCCGUCCUCUGACCAUCACGCCAUAACUUUCACUGUAUCUACAGCACCUCAUAAGUCUGCUCUGUUUAAAAAUAAAGCUAAACUAUCGACAUUCCGCUACGAUACAUCCAGGGUCAAUUGGGAGGAAAUGGCUGAUGAGUUCAAAACUAAACUAAGCCCUGUAAUCCCCUCGGUGGAGCACAUAAUGUCAUGCACAGAAGACCAGUUAGAUGCUGAAAUUACCCACGUGACCGAGGGAAUAAUAAAAAUUUGCGACGAAUUGCUCCCACGAUCGAAAGGUCCCCCUACCCGACCACCCGUAAUAUGCCUACUUGGAAAAUAA